UGGAAGGAGAUGGGCGGGACUUCCCCUGGUCAAGGUCAGGCCUCUUCCGGACUUGGUGGUGCCCUGUUCCUGUUCAGCGGGGUGUCGGGUCCCGGGAGGGAGGAGCCCAGUCCCAGUGGAUACUGACGUUGUCUCUCACUCUCUGGCGCUUUUCCAAGCCUUUUCCAGGCGUGUGACUUAAUCCGUUUCCACAGCCAGACCUUUCUCUAUGAGUUCCUCAGCCAGGACUGCCGCCAUGCCAGUGACUGUUACCCACCCAACCGUCACAACCACCGUGGGGUCCCCCACCGUCAUAGGGUCCCCUAGGGCCCUGACCCAGCCCCUGGGCCUCCUCCGCCUGCUGCAGCUGGUGUCCACCUGCAUGGCCUUCUCGCUGGUGGCCAGCGCAGGUGCCUGGAGGGGACAUAUGGGUAACUGGUCCAUGUUCACCUGGUGUUUCUGCUUUGCCGUGACCUUGGUCAUCCUCCUCGUGGAGCUGGGCGGGUUCCAGGCCCGCUUCCCCUUUUUUUGGCGCAACUUCACCAUCACCAUCGCCUGCUAUGCGGCCCUCCUGUGCCUCUCGGCCUCCAUCAUCUACCCCAUCACCUACGUGCAGUUCCUAUCCCACGGCCCUUCCCGCGACCAGGCUAUCGCCGCCACUGCCUUCUCUGGCAUCGCGUGUCUGGCUUACGCCACCGAAGUAGCCUGGACCCGGGCCCGGCCCGGGGAGAUCACUGGCUACAUGGCCUCCGAGCCGGGGCUGCUGAAGGUGCUGGAGACCUUCGUGGCCUGCCUCAUCUUCGUGUUCAUCAGCAGCCCCUACCUGUACCACAACUGGCUGGCCCUGGAGUGGUGCGUGGCUGUGUACGCCCUCUGCUUCGUCCUGGCGGCCCUCACUAUCCUGCUGAACCUGGGACACUGCACCAACAUGCUGCCCAUCCCCUUCCACGGUUUCCUGUUGGGGCUGGCCUUGCUGUCCGUCCUUCUCUAUGCCACUGCCCUUGUCCUCUGGCCCCUCUACCAGUUCAACGAGAAUUAUGGUGUCCAGUCCUGGCGGGCGAGAGAUGUGAGCUGCCGCGACAGAAACCCCUACCUUGUGUGUAUCUGGGACCGCCGACUGGCUGUGACCAUCCUGACGGCCGUCAACUUGCUGGCCUAUGUGGGCGACCUGGUGUACUCUGCCCACCUGGUUUUUGUCAAAGUCUAAGACCCCCAAGGGACCCCAUUUGCCUCUCCAACUCUUCAUCCUUCUUUCCCGAGUUUUCUUACUGAGUAUUCUUUUCCUGUGUUUUCCUCUUCCCUAUCUCCCCUCCUCCCCCUUUUUCUUUCCUUCCCAAUUCAUCGCACUCUUUCCCAGUUCUCUGAUGUAUGUUCUUCCCUUUCCUCUGCUGUUUCCUUCCUGUUUUGUUCUGUUGCCCACAGCCUGUUUUCACCCCUGAGCUGUUUCCCUUUUUCCACUCUCCUUUCCUUCCUCUCAUCUCUUUUCUAGGUUUCCUUUUGGUUUUCUCAUCUGCCUAUUUCCCGACCAUCUUCUAUUUCCUUGGGAGCCCUGAGGCUUUUCUGCUCCUCCCCCGACGCACCUCCAGAGGUGAUGAGCUCCAGAUCGCCACACCCCUUGCAGCUGUCGGUGCCAUGUCCUCCCAAGGGGCCUUCUACCCACCCCUGCCCUAGCUGUGCCUUAGUCAGUGUGUACCUGUGUGUGUUUGGGGGAGUGGGAAUUGGGCCCCCUUUCUCCCAGUGGAGGAAGGUGUGCUGUGCACCUCCCCUUUAAAUUAAAAAAUAUUUGUGUAUCUCCGGAGGUCAAUAAUUUCCAGUGAGCGGGAGGCUUUAAGCACAGACCCUGGGUCCCUAGGCCUUGCCUGGCACUCUGCCUUGCCAGAGAUUGGCUCCAGAAUUUGUGCCAGACUUAUAGAAAACCCAUUGCCUAGAGACCAUCUUAAAGGAAGCAAGGGAUGGAUCCGUUUCAUCCCACCUGUUAUUCGUGGUAUCAAAAAAAAAAAAAAAAGUCAGGCAAAGAACCAUAGGAUCUUGAAGACAACUGUUUGAAGUAUUUAUGAGGGACAAUGACGUGGCCUUCCAGCCUCAGUGUUAAAAAUAACUUUUAACACUGUGUCCUUUUAACUUUUAACACAGUGUCCUUCAGAACGUGUGGAAAGAGAUAAUAAGUAAAUAAAUAAACAACA